AUGCCUGAAGUUUGCGAUCCAAUAACACAAAAUGGCUCGCACUAUAUAAAAUGGAUACAUAUGCUGUUUGGUUCUUGUGUCUAUGGUAACAGGGAAGCUGCAAGUUUAUUAUUAGGUUUUUUGUCGAUAGCAUGUUGGUUGAAUGCGCAAUCACCCCAAGUAAUAACAAAUUACAAGAACAAAUCAACGGAUGGAGUUAGUAUACAAUUCUUGAUGAUUUUGUUGCUCGGUGAUGUUACUAACUUAGUUGGUUGCUUAUUAACGAAACAAUUGCCGUUUCAAACAUACCUAUCGAUGUAUUUUUGUUCAAUGGAUUGUGCACUAUUUCUUCAAUAUUUUUAUUACACAUGGUCAUCAUCUUCAAUUAAUGGCGACGAUGACUGCGAAGAGCGUAAAGAAUUAGAACCAAUAUCGAAAACCUCAAGAACUUCUUCAAUAAGAUCAUCUAACUCUUUAAUCAUUGGUAGAGUGAUAAGUUGGAUGUGUACCACAUUAUAUUUAACUAGUAGAAUGCCUCAAAUAUGGCAAAAUCACCAAAGAAAAUCUGUUGAAGGAUUAUCGAUUGUAAUGUUUAUAUUCGCAGCCCUCGGUAAUCUAACCUAUACAAUGUCGAUAUUCACCAACCCAUUGGCAUCCAGCGAUCCAUUAUUUCUAAUAGAUAAAAUACCAUAUAUAUUAGGUUCAGUUGGUACAUUAUCAUUCGAUGUUACCAUUUUUUUACAAUGGUGCGUUUGGAAAGACAGGAUACGUAAUGAUCAUCAAUAUCCUUAUCGUAGGGCCAGAUCUGCUACCACUCACUCAUAUUCUUCAAUAGGGUUAUCAUCGUCUAAACGAUUGUCUUCAUCGACACAUAAAUUAGGAUAUAAUACAUUACCCUCAAAUUAUCAUAAAACUAAUUUCAAGAAACAACUUCGUAGUGGUGCUGGUAGUAAUGAUGACAUUAGAAGAAGUAUUAUUUUAACAAAUGGUGAAUUAUUUGUUUAG